CACUACCAGUCUUUGUUUUGGUCGACCACGCACGGCAGCUGUUCGGUGUGCGCUAUCAUAGAAAUUCGUGAGAGAAAAGGAGUGGUGAUUAGGCUGUGUUUGUCUAGAAAUACGGCUUUUUUGUAUAGUUCUAGGACUCGUAGGGACUUGUGCUCGUGAUAUGUUUAAGAUAUAGUUGUUACGCGUGUGAUAUACUGUUGGUAAAGUCGAGAAACGUUGUUAAAUGGUGUAAUUACCAUAGUAAACGUAGGUUAUGACGUUUACUACGUAGCGAAUUGUGUUUGUGUGAGUGAAUUCGACAGGUCGUGACAGCAUUGCCGUUGAAGCGAAUCUUAACGGGAUAACUAUGCGAGCGGUUUGCAUCAACCGCUGCCUGUCGCAUAUCGUUCUAAAUACGGCGCAAAGGCACAUUAAGCUGUGAAAAUCAAGAUGGCCGCGAUUGCGCGCCAAAUCCUGCGUAAGCGUCAGAUGGCGCUUCCGCGUCCGUUCCGUUCGAAAUAGUCAUUAGUGUUUUGACAGUGGUGGUGUAGUGUUGUGAUGCUCGUGAUGUGAUAUAGUGUUGUGUGUAGAAUGUCUGAGGAACGGUCGCGGCGGCUGUCGCAGCUGUUCGACCCGCUGGCGCGGUUCACGGACCACAGCGGCGCAGGGCACUCGGCCAGCAUGCCGAACAGCCCGAGGUUGAUGCCGCGGAGGUCGAGGGAUCCGCCGCCGUCGCCGCCUAGACCCGCGGGUCAGUCCCGUGUGGACCCGCUCGAUUUCGAGCUGGGCACCGAGCUGGGGUCCGUGAACUGGCAGGAGCGAUGUCUGGAACUGCAGCUGGAGCUCCACCGCAGCCGGCACCAGGCCACCAGGGUGCACCACAUGCUCAGCGAAAAGCUCUCGGAGCUCGAGCAGAGGGUGCUCGAGGCCGAGGGGCGGGCCGAGGAAGCAGAGGACAAGGUCCGCGCCAUGGAGCAGCGGCUUUGCGAGUGGCCGGCGGGUGCUGACGGACCGCCCAAAGCCAUCACUCGACUCGAAGGACAGCUCGAGGAACAGAAGCAGCUGCGGCUCCAAGACGCGAAGCAGGUGGAGGCGAAGGCGGCGCGCAUCAAGGAGUGGGUCACCAACAAGCUGAAGGAGCUGGAGCAACAGAACCAGCUGCUCCGGGAGCAGAACCACCGCUGCAAUCAACAGCUGGAACUGCUUAGGAAUCAUAUUGCUACGCAGGGCAGCCGUGCGUUCCUCCCAACUCGAGCGAGUCUGUCCCUCGAGGUCAGGACUGAAGAAGGCUCACCCCGAGCCACAUCCAGCCUAAUAGCUGCCAAUAGGCGGAGAUCAGAGAGCCUCGAGGGGCCACAGCUACCUCUAACCUCAUCGGAGCCUCACUACAGCACCCCCGUGCGGCACCGUCGCAACCAAUCCAUCGGCACCCCUCACGCCAGCGCCACCCCACCGCCUGUGGUCACAACCAUGAACCGUACACUGGACGAACGGACGGCGGCCAGCCUGCUUGCCGAUGAUCUGGCAGCGGCUGUAGAGAAUCUCGUCGUGUUACCAACAACGCCAAACACAUCAACGGAUGGUGAUACUACUCAUGAUUAUGCGGAAAUCUAUACACCAAGUAGAGAACGUACGCCAGCGUGGCAGGGGCCGUCGGUGGUUGUUCAGGGCAGCCGCGGCGGCAGCUCUACGGGCGAAUCGUGUGCGUCAGAUCAGCCGCGACCGCCCACGCCGCCGCUUCAUCGCUUCCCCAGCUGGGAGGCUAAGAUUUACCAGGUGGCUGACGAUGGUUUACAACAAUCAGUUGAAGAAGAAUUAAGUCCUCCGCCGUGUCCGCGACCAGUCCACGAAUCAACUAGUUACCAGAACAUAUCCGUCCCUGUCUACGCCACUGUCAAAGGGCGAGCGUCACAGAUCCGAUCGAUGCCAUUCACGGGCGACUCGUCAGAUGAUUCGUCUGACGGUGAAGAUUCCAUGGGAGUCACAGUUCACAACACACCACAUCACAUAUUCGCUCAAACAUCAAGCCAACCAAUCAACAACGUGAACCUCACCAACGUCCUCCCCGCCUCGAUACAACAGACGUCCAACCAUGGCCUAGUGUUAACUAACAGUGCGAACGGCCAGUGCAGUUCAUCGGACACCAGUCUUAGUGCGAGUAGUCCGUCGAAGAGCGUGAAGACUAGCUCUAGUCUGAGCCCGGCUAAACGGUCGAGUAGCGGGUCGCCGAGUAAACAGAGUAAAACUAGAGAUACGUCGUUCGAGUCGGGCAUGUCGGACGACUACGCGAUCCCGCCGGACGCGGUGUCGUGCGACACGUCGGCUUCGUUGGCCUCACUGUGCCGCUCGGCGCCGCCGCCGGCCCAGAGGCAUGAGGCCUUAGAAAAAAGUGGCCAUCUUGCGAAACUGGGCGGGAAGCUCAAGACGUGGCGGAAACGAUGGUUCGUUUUGAAAAACGGCACACUCUCAUAUUGGAAGUCGCAAUCAGAAACGGCCCGCAAGCCGCAAGGUCAGAUCGGUCUCGGCGAGGCCUGCAAGAUCUCGCGCAACGAGGGCGCCGCCACCUUCGAAAUCUACACCGGAAGUCGCACCUACUACCUCACGGCUGACAGCAUCGCUACUAUGGAGGAUUGGAUCAGAGUUUUACAGAACGUUCAAAGGCGAAACGCGACGAAACUCCUACUGAGUAAAGAAGACAACAAGCCAACUAUUCAGGGCUGGCUGACGAAAGUCAAGAACGGACACGCUAAGAAGAGUUGGUGUGUGCUUAUCGGCAAGAUGUUUUUGUACUUCAAGUCGCCUGGGGACCAGAACCCAACGGGCCAGAUAAACAUGCGCGACGCCCGAGUGGAGGACGUGGAGCACGUAUCCGACUCGGACUCUGAGGAGAAGAACGAUGACACGCGGAACCAUCUGACGGUUGCGAUAUACCCGCAGCACCAGGGACCAACAUACCUCCUGUUCGAGACGAAAGCGGACAAGGACUCGUGGCUGUACCAGCUCACCGUGGUGUCCGGCGCCGGCCUGGGCCAGGGCACGCACUUCGAGCAAUUAGUGCAGAAACUUAUGGAGACCGACGGGGAUCCGAAUUGCGUGCUUUGGAGGCAUCCGACGUUAUUGUACAGUAAAGAACAUAUUUCGUCGCCACUCACGUCACUAACGUCUGAAGCGUUGCAGGCUGAAGCGCUAAAACUCUUUAAGUGCGUCCAACUCUUCAUGUCCGUAUGCGUGGAACACUGCGGCAUAGACUACCACGUGGUGCUGGCGCAGAACGCCCUGCAGCAGUGCCUCGAGGUGGCCGAGCUGCAGGACGAGCUGGUGUCCGCCCUGGCCAGGCAGACGGCGCCGCACACGCACAGCAAGCACGGCGUGCAGGUAACGCCGGCGCCGGCGCCGACGCCGUCGCCCGCUAGCGCGAGGCGCCACCAGAGGCUUAACGUUAAAGCGCAGAAGCUUAAGAAUCAACUGCUACUAUGCGCGACGCAAUCGCUGUUCACGUGCGACACCGGCGCCGCGUCCGUCGGCGGCGACAACAAGAGCGACACCGCGCCCAGCGGAGGCUCACCAAGCUCGAUACAGGCGCCUCUACUCUCCGUGGAUUGCAAGAGCAACCCACCAACAUACAGCUUCGUACAAGGGUGGCAGUUACUAGCGCUGGCUGUAAGCUUAUUCGUGCCCCGGAACAAUAGGCUGUUGUGGUACCUGAAGCUACACCUUAGCAGGCAUUCUGACUCCAAAACGGAAUGCGGCAAAUACGCAGCCUACUGCUCCCGCGCUCUCGAGCGAACCAUCCGCAACGGCGGCCGGGAAGACAAACCCUCGCGCAUGGAGGUGCUCUCCAUCCUGCUCAAGAACCCCUACCACCACUGCCUGCCGCACGCCAUCCCCGUGCACAUGCUCAACAACACCUACCAGGUGAUAAGUUUCGACGGGUCGACGACGGUAGAAGAGUUCCUGGCGACGCUAAGUACGGAGCUGGGCUGCCGCGAAGCCACCGCCUCGGGCUUCGCGCUCUUCAGCGACGACCCGAUAGAGAAGGAUCUAGAACAUCACAUCAAACCCGAUAAGAAGUUAUGCGACGUAAUAUCAAAAUGGGAAACAGCGCUCCGCGAAAAAGGGUCAGGAAAGUUCGAGAACUCUCGAGUGAUCCGACUGACGUACAGAAACAGGCUGUAUUUCAAGAGCUCCUUGCGGACCGAGACUGACAAGGAGCGGCUGUUACUCUGCUAUCAAGUUAACCAACAAGUGGUAGCAGGCCGGUUCCCGGUAACUCGCGAGCUGGCGGCGGAGCUGGGCGCGCUCAUGGCACAGCUCGACAUGGGCGACUACUGCGCCUCGAGCAGCACGCACAACCAGCCGCUGGCGCACCGCUUCUACCCUUACCGAUAUCGGGCUACGCUCAGUAAUGACGAGCUCAGAGAAGUGGAGGAGAAGCUGCGCAGCAAAUGGACGGCGCUGAAAGGCCGCAGUACGUCGGACUGCGUGCGGAUCUACCUCAACUGCACACGGAAGUGGCCUUUCUUUGGGGCCACGCUCUUCCAGGCGAGGAUCAAGCAGCCAGACCUGUCAAUGGCGUGGCUAGCCGUGUCAGAAGACGGGGUGACAGUUCUGGAGCUAGCGUCCAUGUCAGUCAUCGGCCGCUACGCGCUCAGCUCCAUCGGGCUGUUUGGCGGCCUACAGGAUGAUUUGAUGAUGCUCAUCGACGCGGACGCAGACGACGCGACCAGUCCCGUGCACAAGAUGUUGAUCAGUCUCAAUAAACCUAAGAUGGUGGAGCUAACGCACCUAAUAGCGGACUACAAGAACGCGCUGUCCCGGCCGCCCGCCACGCAGCCCGGCACGCCGCUCAUGAACUCCCUCACGCGGCCCCACGAGCGCCUGCGCCGCCCGCACCCCCCCGCCUCGCACUCCUCCCCCUCCACGCUGCCCCACCCGCACCCCCACUCCCACCACACGCACCACAACACCAUCAACUCCCACACCACCACCAUGACGCUGGGCUCGGACCGCAACGCCACGCUCACCCUCAGCUCACACACGUCCACGUCGAACCGGCCCGAGGCGCGCGCCUCGCACGGCCAGCCCGACAUCUUGAAGUCCACCCCGGACCACCACCGUGACAAGAAACGCGCCCACGUCCAGGACAGCGGCGUCGCGUGAUCUCGACUCUAAUAGGCCACUUCGAACGUGCAUCUGACGACGAAACUAUGUCUAAAUGAUGUCAGUUAUCAUUCGCUCGGUCUUGUCCGUACACGCAUACGCGCAAGCGAGACGCACGGGCGAAUGAGGACAAAAUUACAAUAUUUAUAUAACAUUUUGAUGUCUGUUGCGAGUUUGAAUUGACCUCUGACCCGGUGCAUUUUAGACGUUUUUACGACUCGGAAGUGAAGUGUUCCAAGGAUAGUAAAUAUACCUCAUAUUUUGUAGCGAACUCGGCCCGGUUUACAUUAUUAGCUUUACGCGUAAGUUAAUUUUAAUUAUUUGCGGUCGCUAUUUAGCUCUGCGUUUUGACGAGCGUUUUGCGUAGAGUUACUUUAAAUUUUAAGUUUAAUUUUAUAAUAUAACAGAUAAAACUUUGUGUUUUAAAAACUGUGCCGAAUAAAAUGACCGAAGCGGCACGACUUACAUUCCGAUUCUUUAAAAUAAUAUACUUAUAUGGAUGUAAGUACUACAAUCGCUUUGCAACAAGCUAAUAUGUACCCCACUUUCUGUUUUCUCAUCCGUGUAUGCCUAAACUAAAUCAUACUUUACCACGCAAUUUCUACCAAAAUGUAUCUAGCUUUCUUUUAUUUUAAGGUAACUCUAUACAAAAUACAUAGUUUCUUUUAAAUCAAUAUUCCAAGUCCAUUGGUCGGUUGCUGACAGACCUAGCGUAGUACUGUGCAGGGUAUACCAAAGCUGUAGGAAACGAUUUAGUGAUAGUGUACUUAGCCAAAUGUUUCCUUGCGGUUUCUAGGCGUUAUUGCAAGAAAUCUCACUUUUGAUUGUAUUGUAAAUCGUUGUAUAGUAUUUUUUUAGUUGUGCUGAUUUUCUGAGAUAAAUAAUUAUAGAUUGGGUCAUAUUACAUCGCCUUAAAAAAUACGCACGAUGAAGUGCUAAAAUUUCUAAAUACAUUAAAUUAUGAGAUCUAAUUAUAAUUAUUUAUAUUACUUAGUUAUUAGUUUCAAUAAUCAAGCCAUCACAAACUGUACUUUAGCAAUCGGUGUUUAGAUUUUAAUUGCAAGUUACGAGUAAGGAGCUAAUGUUUCGACUGAUAUUGUUUCUAAAGUAAGAUCUUCAACGAAUCUUUGACCUCGUAAGGUUAAGUAGGACUGAUUGUUAGUUAAUCUCUUAAACGUGAUGUGUUUUAACUUAUAAAAAUACAAAAUGACACCUUAAAA